CUGUACCUCAAACACUCAAACAAGAACAAAACAAAAUGGUCGGCUCCAUCCACGAACGCAUUCGCGAAGACCUCCUCGCCAAAGAACGUCGUCUCUGGACGGCGCUCACCUCAGCCGACCCCGGCCCGGAAAUCAAAAAGAUGUGCAACGAGGAAGCCAACCUACUAUUCCCCAAGCGCGAUGUCCUACAUCUAUACUCAAAGCCCUCCAUCAGCGAAGCGCUAAAGCCGCCCUUCCACCACUUUGAAGAAUACGAGUUGCAGGAUGUACGAGUAAUCGUGAUCGACCUGAUGGCCGGGUCCGUGACAUACAAGAUCCAUGCGCGACGCGGACAGGACGUGUUCCGCGGAACGGGCUCAACGACAUGGAGUCAGGCCAGUGAUGGAGAAUGGCGAAUUGUGGUGCAUCAGGAGACGUUGUUGUAGCUGUUCUUCCUCGGGGGUGCAGCGGAAGCUGAAUAAUCUGGCUUGACGCGUGACAUGAUUUCUUUUUUUGCUUCAGGGGGAUCCUUACUUAACCUUAUCCUUAUUCUUUAUGGCUGGCUGAACGAACCGGACCCU